AGCACCAUGGCCCUUUCUGUGCGCACAAGCGGUGCAUCCCGGCAGUUCUCUUCUCGGAGUGGACUUGGCGGAGGAUCCCUGCGAAUGUCUGGCUCUAGCGGUGGAGCAGGCUUUGGUGGCAGCGGGCUUGGGUUUGGUGGUGGAGCUGGUGGAGGCUUUGGUGCUGCUUCUAUGCUUGGCUCAGGCUCUGGCUUCAGUGGGGGUUUUGUGAGUAGCUCAGGUGGAGGCUUUGGGAGCUUAAGCAGCGGCCUUGGUGGAGGCUUUGGUAGUGGUUUAGGUGGUGGCUAUGGCAGUGUCUUAGGCAGUGCUUUUGGUGGGGGGUUAGGAAGUGGCUUUGGUAGUGGCUCAGGAUCUGGUUUUGGAGGUGGGUUUGGUGGUGCUGGGGAUGGUGGCCUUCUUUCUGGCUCAAAAAAAGAAACAAUGCAGAACCUCAAUGACCGCCUGGCUGCUUAUCUGGACAAAGUACGAUCUCUGGAGGACGCCAAUACUGAGUUGGAGCGCAAAAUCCGCGAGUGGUAUGAGAAAAGUGGCCCUGGCACUGGUAUCCCUGGAUCUGGGAUUGAUUACAGUAAAUAUUAUCCUAUCAUUGAAGAUCUUCGAAACAAGAUCAUUAAUGCAACUAUUGACAAUGCAAGAAUCAUUCUGCAGGUUGAUAAUGCGAGACUGGCUGCUGAUGAUUUCAGACUCAAGUAUGAAAACGAGCUGGCUCUUCGCCAGAGUGCAGAAGCCGACAUCAAUGGUCUGCGCAGAGUUCUGGAUGAGCUGACCUUGACAAGAGCUGACCUGGAGAUGCAGAUUGAAAGCCUGAAUGAAGAACUGGCUUAUCUCAAGAAGAACCAUGAAGAGGAGCUCCAGGGCAUCCAAAGCAGUGCAUUUGGCGAAGUCAGUGUUGAAAUGGAUGCUGCUCCAGGAACUGACCUGACCAAGCUUUUGAAUGACAUGAGGGGACAGUAUGAAGUCAUCGCAGAGCAAAAUCGUAAAGAGGCUGAAGCAUGGUUCAAUGAAAAAAGCGGGGAGCUGAAAAGGGAAAUCUCCACCAACACUGAGCAGCUUCAGUCAGGAAAGAGUGAGAUCACAGAUCUAAAACGGACUCUCCAGAGCUUGGAAAUUGAAUUACAAUCUCAGCUUGCCAUGAAAAAAUCCCUUGAAGACACUUUAGCAGAAACAGAAGGAGGUUACUGUGCCCAGCUUUCACAAAUGCAGCUUCAGAUUGGGAACCUGGAGUCUCAGCUGUUCCAGGUCCGGGCUGAUAUGGAGCGCCAGAAUGCAGAGUAUCAACAACUCCUGGACAUCAAGAGUCGCCUGGAAAUGGAGAUUGAAACCUAUCGCCGCUUGCUGGAUGGCGAGAACUCAGGACAGGGAGUUACCUUUGAAAGCUCAUCCUUGACAGGGUGCAAAUCUCAAACUCAGUCACUGGAUUCUUCUCAGGAUCCUACCAAAACUAGAAAGAUCAAGACAAUUGUCGAAGAGGUGGUAGAUGGAAAAGUUGUUGCAUCCCAUGUUAAGGAAGUUGAAGAGAAGGUAUAAGGCACAAUCUGCUCCUGCAAAAGAUCCAUUCACUCCACGACUUUGCAAAGACAAAAUGGAUAAAUGAUUUUGUUCUGAUGUAUGAAGUGAUAAAAAAUAGAUUGGCUUUUUACUAAGAUUCUUUCACGUAACACAAAGCCUGCAGCACUUUCAUUCUUAGCCACCAUGCAAUGUAAUUUCUGCUUCAGCCUGUUGGUGUGACCUGUUGUAUUUUCACAGUGCUCUUUAAAUAUAUCAAUUCUUUGCUCAGUAACUGGACAUAUGAAGCACACAUCAGGCAUUU